GGGUUACUUUAUUCACUAUAUAUUUAGCAAUUUGGUUUGUUCCAUCACAAUGUGCCACAUGAUAUAAUGAUAAGGUGGAAAAGGCAACGUCCCCACACGCACAGCUGACACAAGUGCAGUUCUGACAGGAUUCCCCGGCACAGAGUGGUGUUCCUGUGGCAGCAGCAUAGAGAAUGUGGCGCUAAUUAAUAGGGAUAAUACUAGGCACAAGCCGCACACAGAGUGAUAAUAGCACGGACGUCCCGCAUGAUUCCCAUUCCCCCGCUGAACAGCGGCAUUAACCAGUCUGUAGCCCUAGGACGUUCCCAUGCUGGUUUAAUCCAGCCCACUCCGCGCAGAAUCCAGGCUCCGUCUCUUCUGUGCAACCGCCUGUCCCUGUAGGAUUACACUUGCCUCUCACUGCAGGGAGGGGCACCCGGUAACCCCGGCUAGAACUGCGGAGAGGAGCAGCGUAGGAGACUGGGGAAGGACUGGUAGGAGGAGAGCCCGGAGAAUCCCUGGAUGUGCUGCCGCUGCUGCUGCUGCUGGAGAUGUUACAGACAGACGUGAUCCUUGUCCCUCUCAUGUUCUUCAUUUACAACGUACAUGAAAUGGAUUAAUUUGUUUGGAAGAGCCAUCUUUAUUGUCUGAUACAAGAGAAUUUUGCUAUGAUCUUUCUGGCACCUUAACAUUAUUUAUUGCUAAUUAAAAAAUGAAUUCAGAAGAUAAAGGAAUAUCACCAGCUCACAAAAUAUCUACUCCUACGCACAAAAGUGCCUCAUCAUCAUCUUCAUCCCAGAGGGACAGUAGACAGGAAACUGACAGUUGGGAAAUUAUAGAGGGAUUGAAGAUAGGACAGUCAAGUGUCCAAAAACCAGAGAAACAUGAAGGGUUUAUGCUGAAGAAAAGAAAAUGGCCUUUAAAAGGCUGGCACAAGAGAUUUUUUGCCCUGGAUAAUGGUAUAUUGAAGUAUUCCAAAUCACCAAUCGAUACUCAGAAGGGUAAGUUACAUGGAAGUAUAGAUGUUGGCCUGUCUGUGAUGUCAAUCAAGAAGAAGGCUCGGAGAAUAGAUUUGGACACAGAGGAGAAUAUUUAUCAUCUCAAGGUAAAAUCUCAGGAUACGUUUGAUGCAUGGGUAUCAAAAUUACGCCAUCACAGACUUUACCGUCAGAAUGAAAUAGUGAGGUCACCUAGGGAUGCCAGUCUCCAUAUGUUUCCAUCAACAUCGACUACAGAGUCUUCACCAGCAGCAAAUGUCUCUGUGCCAGAGGGAAAGGUACCACAGAAUAACUUUUUGUGGCAAUCCCCAAUCCCAUCCAGUAACAACCUACCCGCAACAUGGACAACAGGUCAGAACAAGGUUGCCGCAUGGUUACUGGACUCAGAAGAGAUGGAUAAAUGUGCAGAGGAUCUUGCCAAAUGCCAGUCCGGCUUAAUAGAACUCAGCAAACUUCUCCACAACCUGGAAUUGCUGCAGAGAACCCAAUCAGCACCAAAUUUCAUUGACAUGCAGGCUAACUGUGUAGAUAUAUCAAAGAAAGACAAGCGAGCAUCGAGGAGAUGGAGAACAAAAAGUGUCAGCAAAGAUGCAAAAAUACAUCUUCAGGUUCCUUACAGUGCUUCGAUGUCUCCUGUACGUCUGCAUGCCUCCAACCCAAACCUCUACGCAGAUGAAGAGUUCCAGAAUCCUCCAAGUCAUGUAGUUGAUGCCCUGGAACUCGCAUCUGAUUACACAAAACUGCAGGAAGAAUUUUGCCUAAUUGCUCAAAAAGUCCAUUCACUUUUAAAAUCUGCCUAUAACACUAUUGCCAUUGAGAAGGAGAAGAUGAAGCAGAUGGUUUCUGAUCAGGAUUACAGCAGCCAGAACACACAGAUAUCUCGCCUCAGACAGUCACUCUCUCAGGCACUGAAUCACAACUCCGAACUGAAAAGCCGGCUGAAUAGAAUACACACAGAGUCGGUUAUUUCUGAUCAAGUCGUUAGUGUCAACAUUAUUGCAAGUCCAGAUGAGUCUUGUGAGCAAAUGCAAGUUAGUCUGCCCUUAUCACAGCAGGUGUCCAAUGAGGGCAGAUUGUCUAUGUCCGAAUCUGUGUCUGAAUUCUUUGAUGCUCAAGAAGUGCUUCUCUCAGCAAGCUCUUCAGAAAAUGAGGCCUCAGAUGAUGAAUCGUACAUCAGUGAUGUCAGUGACAAUAUCUCAGAAGACAACACUAGUGUGGCAGAUAACGUGUCUCGUCAAAUUCUAUAUGGAGAGCUAUUAGGUGGAGCCUUUAGGACAGGCCGGCGAACUUGCCUCCCUGCUCCAUCGCCAGAUACCAGCAAUAUCAACUUAUGGAAUAUCUUGAGAAAUAACAUUGGCAAAGACCUGUCCAAGGUUUCCAUGCCAGUGGAAUUAAAUGAGCCUCUUAAUACUUUACAACACCUGUGUGAAGAACUUGAAUACAGCGAGCUGUUAGAUAAAGCUGCCGAAACAGAUGAUCCUCAUGAACGUAUGGCCCUAAUUGCUGCAUUUGCGGUCUCAGGAUAUUCUUCCACUUACUACCGAGCAGGAAGCAAACCGUUUAACCCUGUGCUCGGAGAGACCUAUGAAUGUAUAAGAGAAGACAAAGGAUUUCGUUUUUUUUCAGAGCAGGUUAGCCAUCACCCCCCAAUUUCAGCCUGUCAUUGUGAAUCGAAGAACUUUGUCUUCUGGCAAGAUAUCAGAUGGAAAAAUAAAUUUUGGGGGAAAUCUAUGGAAAUAUUGCCUUUUGGAACAGUGAAUGUUACAUUACCAAAGUAUGGAGAUUGUUAUGUCUGGAACAAAGUCACCACAUGCAUACACAACAUCCUCAGCGGGAGGAGAUGGAUAGAACAUUAUGGUGAAAUCACGAUCCGGAACACAAAGAACUAUAUUUCAACGUGUAAAAUGACAUUUAUCAAGGGAAGCUACUGGAACUCCAGUGCUAAUGAGGUCCAUGGUGUUGUGAUGGAUCAGGAAGGAAAAGUGGUUCAUCGGCUCUUUGGAAAAUGGCAUGAAGGCCUGUAUUGCGGGGACGCACCUGCAGCAAAAUGCAUAUGGAGGCCAGGUUCCAUGCCCACCAACUAUGAACUCUAUUACGGUUUCACGAGAUUUGCCAUAGAGUUGAAUGAGCUGGAUCCAGUUCUGAAAGACUUUCUUCCAAGGACAGAUGCAAGAUUCAGACCAGAUCAAAGGUUGUUAGAAGAAGGGAAUGUAGAAGCAGCAGCUAUGGAAAAACAAAGAACCGAGGAACUCCAGAGAAGUCGAAGAAAGUGCAUGGAAGAAGACCACAUAGAGUACACACCAAAAUAUUUCCGGAAGGUAAUCGAUAACCAUCAGAAAGAGAUGUGGAUUUCCAAUGACACUUACUGGGAAUUAAGGAAGGACCCUGGCUUUAGUAAAGUGAAUUUACCUGUGCUUUGGUGAUGUUGGAAUGUGAAAUUCAAACUUCAGUCUAUAAAAAAUCAAUAUCUAUGCACAAGUCAGUUUCAUAUUUGCUACGAAGAUGUCUUCUUUCUUCUGUUGGUUUUUGUUUGGACAUGACAUUUGCUUUCAUAUUCAUCUAAAGCAAAAAAAAAUGGACAUUUAAUAAUGUAUUAUGUUAAAACCUAUAUGGAAAGCAUUUGUUGCAUUUGUACAGACCUUCAGAGUAAGUGUGUGUCCUGAGUAUGCUUGUACUGCUGCUGAAUGUAAUCCAAAGUCAUGUAACAGAGUAACCAAUGCUAACAAUAUAUUUAGUCACUUUGGCAACA